AUGAAAAAAUUGAAAUAAUUGCCUCAAUAAUAAUCAAUGAGACGAUCAUCGUCUCUAGUAACUGUUCAACCUCAAAUAGAAUUAAUACACUCCGAGAAAAAUGCUUCCCUGACCUAAAGCACGUUCUUUAAGACAUUUACUGAGAUGCCUUAAAUGUAUUAAAUUGAAUGAUAUAGGGCUGCAUUCACACAUUAAGUUUCAAGAAUACCUUCUCCUAAGGAACGUCUGUAAGUUUAAUUAUAACACAAUAAAAAAUAAAGAGAAACUAUCAUAAACUAAAGCAGAGAGCGAUAAGAAAACGCUAUGAGUGAGGCAAUGUCUUUAACUCAAAAGACAAAAUUUAGAAAUUAUUAAAAACUGAAGCGUAGAGAUUAAUCUCCGAAAAAGGCUAUGGAAUUAAAGCCAUAGCAAAAGGGUAUAAAGUUUUUGGAAUAUAAUAAGUGUUCUAGCUUCCAAAAUUGGAUGCACCAAUAGAACAAAUAAUUGACACUCCUACCCAACUUACAUUUUACUUUGAAUCAUAACGUCUCACAAGAGAUAUCAGAACAUUUAAACCAUCAUUUACAGAACAGGCUGCAUUUACAUUAUUUAGUGAUCAAUUAUAUUUAUAUGGAGGAAUUGGAGGAGAUGGUGUUCGAAAUCAAAUGUUGAAAUAUGACAUAAGUAAAUUUAAUGAGUAUUUCUAAGAGUUUUAGAUCUGGCAAGUUGUACAGGGAAAUGGGGAUCAUCCAAAAUAAGGAAGAGCAGGUUUAUCUGUGGUUCAAUAUAAAAAUAAAUUCCUCUACUUUGGAGGAUGUGGACAAUUUAAUCCAAAAUUAAAACUAAGAGAAUGUACAAACUCUAUUUAUGAAUACACGGUAAGCACUAUGACUUGGGAAAAAGUGCAUCCUUAAGGAGAUUACAUAGAACCAAGAAGAUAACACAGAGCUUGCCUAAUUGGUUCAAAAUGGAUGCUCAUUUAUGGAGGAAUUAAUUCUAAUGAAGAAGUUCUAUCUGAUACAGCUGUUUUCAACAUGGAAAAGUAGGUGUGGAGAUUAUUUAAGGUUAAAUCUCCUCCUGUAAGUUGUCAUGCCAUAGUUAAUAUCUCAUCUCAAGGCAAAUUCUAAGAAACUAUACCUACUGAUAUUAUGCCAUUAGAUAAUAUUUAUUCUUUUGGAGGGAAAGAUAUUGAUGGUAAUUCUGUUAAUCAUGUACGUAAAUUAACUUAUUGUUCCUCUAAUAAUACUCCUCUGUCAUGGGAUAUUGUAGAGACAGUGGGUAAAGGACCAUAUCCUAUGCAUAAUCACACUAUAGAAUAUCUCAGAAAAGUUUAAGGUAUUGCUGUCAUUGGCGGUCUGAGAGAUUUCAUUGUGAAUGGAACCUUGGAAUCAGAUGAAUAUUUCAUCUUUUAUCCUAGUUUUAAUCUCUGGCAGUAGGUUAUCGCAGAAGGACUUAAAAUUCCUCGUUGUGCUCAUUCUACUGUUUUACUCAGCUCCAAAAUUGCAGUUUUUGGUGGAAUAGGAAGUGAACGAUAUCUUGAACCUGAUGUAGGUUUUAUUGAAACCGAUUAAUAAUAAGUUUUAUCUCGCAUCACUAAAGAUAGAAUUAUGCAAGAUAAUACUCCUACUAUUGAAGAACCAUCUAAAUAGGAAUAUUCUCUAAGAAAAAAAAGAUCAAUUUUUUAUGAAGAAUCUGAUGUCUCAGAUGGAUACAAACCUUUUAAAAUAACACUUCGAAAAACUACCUAACUCAGAAGAUCAUACCUUCCAAAUCCAUAAAGAAAACAAGUAUUAAUACGCUAUGAUAUUAUGAUUGGAUUUGUUAAAAAAGUCAUCCAUGACAAUCUACACAUACUCUAAAAUUUUGAUAAAUAUUUAGAAAGAAAAUUGAUCUGA